AAUUCUUAAAAUACACAAUUUUUUUGACGUACUAUUUCACCUUUUAAAUUCAUUUUAAAAAUUCUCAUAGUAUUUAUAAGAAUAGUUAGAAAUUUAAAUUGAAUUUUUGUUGUAAAAUUGAAAAGAUUUGUCCCUGCACGUAUUAUAUAUUUAUCAUGCGACAUUUUUUGACAAACUAACCUCUAUAAAUGGGUUUAUUAUAUCGAUAAUAUUAUAUAUAUACGGAAAUUCGUGUGCGAAAUGUCAGCUUGGAGUUUCGACAAAAACAGUACGUUAUCUUCUUCUUUUGUGUGACAACACUUAAAUCCAAGAUAAAUCAUUUAGGAUUUAGGUUAAAUAAAUGAAAUAAAUGAACGUAACCACUAGGUUUCUGAAUAAAUCAAAUGUAUUUUGUCGAAACAUUCACAGCGCAUUACUUCAUCAGGAGUUAAAGAUCGUUCACAUGACGGAGGUGCCAUUGAAACAUUUAUUUAUCAAAAAUUUGCGGAAGAGUGCAUCCGUACCGGAGGCGUUGUACUCGACCUAUGUCAAUUUAGUGGACACAAUUGCAAGUCCAGGAAGUCAUCAUCAGGAAUUGAACAAAUCCUUAAUGGAACCAUAUUUGGAUUUAUGUUACAUACCAAAAGAAGUUCCACCAGCGUCGAAUUAUGAUUUUUCCUUUGAGAGUUGCUCAAGCGUUGGAACAUCAAAUGAAAGCAUUAGUUCAAUGUUUACACAAAAUAUGGAUUUGACCAAGACAGCUGAGCAAGAUGGAAAUUUGGGGAAUAAACGCACAAAAGAUAUGCAGAGGUAUAAAACGAUGCGAAAGUGGAAGAGAUUUGGCAAACUGAAGCAAGAAGUGGAUCCAAAUGAAGCGUUUGUAUUGAGAUUGAUGUCCUUUAAUAUUCUCGCACAAAGUCUCCUGGAACUUCAUCCUUAUUUAUAUAAAUAUCACGAUAUAGCAGCAUUACCGUGGAAAGUUAGAAAACCAAUAAUAACCCAAGAAAUUCUUCAAGCAGAAGCGAAUGUGAUAUGUCUGCAGGAAAUGCAGGAAGACCACUUGGAUGAUUUCCUUGUGCCAUUCAAGGAGCAGGGCUACGAUUAUUUCUACAAAAAACGUACAAAUGACAAAGAUGACGGACUACUAUUAAUGUAUCGUACAGAAAAUUUAACAGUUGUUGACUACACAAAAGUGGAAAUGUUCCAGUCUGAAGUUGAAUUAUUAAACAGAGACAAUGUUGGUAUUAUCGUGAAAUUCGCCCUUAAGGACAGUCCAGAGACGCAAUUUGUCAUAGCCACGACACAUUUAUUGUACAAUCCAAGGAGAAGCGACGUACGUCUCGGUCAGGUGCAAGUUCUCUUAACUGAGAUUGAAAGGAUCGCUUUCAUCGAAAACACUAUGACAGGUCCAAAGUAUCUUCCAAUCAUUCUCUGUGGAGAUUUUAAUCUGGAGCCGCACACUGGGGUGUAUAAAUUCAUAACUCAGGGUUUAUUCACGUAUCAGAAUAAAGGGAGGAAUUUGGAACCGCAGGACUAUCGAUAUUUGUCGAAUGUACUGUUACCUCCAAGUUUGCAUAUCACGGAUGAUUGUCAGCAUUUUAAUGUUCUCCUUCAGAGGUUACGAGGCGGUGGACGAGGUCAAGUUAUGUUGGAGAAUAGAGAGAACCACAAAAAUAUUCGUAGACAUUCAACAGAAGAGAUAAUCGCUGAAGACGUUAGCGUAAACACAUUUACAAAUCAGUAUCAACAAAUUCAAUUAGAUGAAAAUAAUCAUGUGAAAUUUUCUUCCGGCACAUUAACGCAUCCAUUUAAAUUUCGUAGCGCUUAUAAGCAUAAGAAUCGUCAUGGAUAUCCAGAAGCUACGACACAUCAAAAUAAUUGGAUAACCGUCGAUUACAUAUUUUUCUCUGGUCUUGAACCUUUAGGAAUAUUGAGUUUGCCAACUGUUGAACAGUGUAAUGAUUUGCCAACAAUACCAAAUUUCGCUGUUGGAAGUGAUCAUUUAUGUUUAGCGGCUAGUUUUAAAGUACUCAAGAAAAAAAGGUCAAAUUUAUAAAAGAAAAAGAAAAAGAAAAAGAAAAAAAAGAGAAAAAAGAGAAAACGUUUCUUCUUUGACAGAAAGAAACUUACGCUUGUUCUAUUUAUGUAAAUACGAAAGUCCAUUCUAUUUUUCGAUACUAAACAAAUAUAAACAAAUACAUGAUUGAAGAAAAUUUGUUUUAAAUACCAUAACUUAGAAACUAUGAAAAUGUAAAUAGUAAUUUAAAUUUGCAUCUUAAGGUAGUAAAUAUUAAAAAAACAAGACUUUCGUAGAGAAAAGAAAGAAUACAUGAAUCAGAAGAAUUUUGUUUUCAUGAGUAGUUCUUCUACUUAUAUAUUAUUUUUGCAUUAGAUUAAUAAGUUUCGUUUAAUAUGCUUUUCAUCAACGAUAUAUUUCAUGUUAAUUAAGCUUUUCAUUUUUGAAUUUUUUUUUUCGUUUUGAAUUGAAAAUAAAUUAUAAAACUUAAGAGAAAUUU